AUGGAGAUUUGCUGUUCCCUUAAGGCCACUGUUGGCGGAUUCUGUGGCUUUGAUCGUAAAGACCGUACACAUGCCACUCAGGUGAUACCUAUACUUUCAUGUAAAAAGGACAUCAGUAGUCACCUACGAUGUUGUAAGUUUUCUGGCCCUCAAAAUGAAGUGGAGUUAAUACUGUCUCGUGCUGGUAUGUUUAAAACACCACAUAACAUAGAAGAGAUUACUAUUUGUCCAAACCAUCGUUCUAUGCUUGGUGUUGGGUGGAGUCGGGGCUCCAAUACGAGAUGUAGAAUACCAAAAGAGGUAUCUCGACACAAAGGAAAGCUACCCAGGGCAGACAGAGGUGUCGGUAAACGCAUAUCUGAAAUACUUUUAAAUGCCAGCGGGAAACUUAUCCAAGUUGGCUCUGGUGAGUAUCCGCAAAAGUCAUAUAUUCAGUGAUCUGAAUUUUGAAACAUAACCAACACUGAGCACAAAUAUGCUGUACUUUUCAUUUUAGGAAUGUGCACUAAUUACGAAAAGAAGUUGAAUCGGGAGCUAAAUGAGGAUGUAUCACAUGUCGUAAUGGAUUUUGAAAAUCUUCACAUUGUGAGUGUGCUAGCUGAUUGACACACGCUGCAUGGGAGCUGUAGAACACAAGAAAAGCAAGCGUAGGCCUAAAAAAAUACCUGUGGUUCCGGUUCCCGACCGACCCUAUUUUUUCUGCCGACCCUAUUAGUUUUUCAACGCAAUUAGCCUUUCUCACGCCGCCAUUUUUCGGUGGCUUUUCAGCCGAAGUCUGCGAGAUAAGUCCACAAAACAGCGACUUUUUAUAGUUUUUUGGACGAGUGAUGGUAAAUUUGCUCGGUAAAUGGUUAGUUUAUUUUAAAAAAUUGCUUUUCACAUUGUUUUAAUUGUCUGCAUUGGUUAAGGAAAUUAGAUGCCACCCAAAAAUGGCGGAUAUUCGUCAGCGUGAGAAAGGCUAAUUGACCGUGCGACCUAUUUUCUUUGGGUGUAUGCCGGCUGCUGCCAAAAUGGCGUCUGUACGUUGUCACACUAAUUGUUGAAAAAACCAUGAAAAAAAUAUUGAAAAAAAAUUAUUUCCGACCUACCGACCCUAAUUUUUUUGCGAUAUGAAACUGGAACCACAGGUAUUUUUUUAGGCCUUAGUGAUUCUCUUGCUUUAUGAGUGCUAUUCAGCUCCAAAAGUAUUUUUAUAAGUAUUUUUGAACAACUGUGCGUGAGCAUGUCUUUAUUCACUUACACAAACACGGUAAUCUUCCAGUAUAUCAGCCGAUUAGAUAAUCAGCCGUGCGGUUUAUUAUUUGUAAUAGUUGAUGAGUGUGCACGCUUGAUUUCAAAUAUUUAUUCCAUGGGCUACCUUGAAAGGGUAAUGUGAUCAGAUGUUAGUCGUUGUUGAAACUAGAUCUGUUCUAUUUAUAGAUGGAUAAAGAAGCAAAGAUUAAGACACAAUUAAAUGCACACAUCACUAAAUUACAAGUGGAUACACCUGUCUCCAUUUAUCAACCGUCAGAAGCGCUAUCUAUAUCCUUCACAGAGGAAGAAGAAAAAUUCUGCGAGACUACUGCAAGAGACCACCUAAAUGCAUUUUUAGCUUCACGAGACGUAAGCCCAAUCCUUGGUGACGUCAUGGGAUUCAGCGUCAGAGAGAACAAAACGUCUACACACUAGAAAGGCAAGACAAGUUGUCGACGCAUGCCUUGAAGAAAUUGCUCCUCGCGACCACCAACAUCUUCUAGAUAUAGUAGUAAAUGACCACAGAGCUUGCAACAAUGUCGAUUCCACCCUAUUGGAAGCACUUACUUAAUGCUACAACAAUGCCAGUCAUUGGAGUACGCGCAGACAGAUUCUGUCGAUCAUUGCAGAUAAGGUAUCGUACAAAGAUCUACAAAAAUGUAUACCAGACAUAUCCAGAUAUCGUUAUAAUAUUGCCAGACAUCAUCGUCUUUUGCAUGGUAGAGGUUCAGUUGUUCCUGUCCAUUCAUCUGCCCGGAUACAUGUUCUACCGGAAAAACUUGACCACUUCCUGUCUUUCAUUACAAGUGCGCAUAUCGUUCAAGAUUUACCCUUUGGAGAGAAGUCCCUUAAACUGUCCUCAAACGUUCAAGUAAAAGUACCAAAUAUCAGAACAAUGAUUCCUGCCCAAAUUGUGAAACAGUACUAAAGUCAUUGCAACGAGUCUGGCUUUUCUCCAAUGAGUACAAGUACCUUAUGCCGUAUAUUGAAUGUGUGUUUAGCGUCCGUACGAAAAUCGCUACAGGGUCUCGACAACUUUUCUGCAGAAGGAGCUAAAGCGUUUGAAGAACUGCAAGAGAUCAUUGAGAAGCUAGGAGAUGAAUGUGGGAAAGGACUCACGUGGGCAAAGAAGCAGAAUGAGAAGUUGAAAAAGGCAAAAGAUAUCUAAAAACUGAUUACAAGGUAAUGUACCCUUCACACUAAGAUCUUGUCAUAUUCGAUACUUUUUUCGGCAACUCUCCUACUUUCGGAAUUCCCUGAGGGUGGAGAAUUUGGUUUGCAUCACUUAAUAAUGAUUUCGAACAAAGCACGGAGGUAUUUAAUAAUCAUUAAUCGGAACUACUGUUUGGUUUUUAAUGACAGGGAUAAUAGAUAGAAUAAUAUUGGACACUUUAUGUAGUAAGGGUAACAUUAAACAGCUACAAGUUAGACGAUAAACUACGAGAACAAUAAACAUUUUAUUUCUUAUAAAUUAUAUAUGCUUUACCCCACCCCCAACCUCCACCCCCCACACACACACGACGGAUCGGUUCACUUCAUACUGUACCUGAUCACUGUAAGAAUUUCUCAGUACCUGAUCACUGUAAGAAGUACGUUCUGAGCUGUCCCGGCGACAAAGACUACAUUUCCCAAUGUGAUCAUGACCAUAAAGAACAGUGUGACCGUUGUAAUAUAUUCCCCAAUGUGGUCACUGAGGUAAUAAUAGCAAUUUUGUAAAUAUUAUUAGGUAAUUUGAGUUUUAGUGUUUGUCAAGGUUGUGGACAAUUUAUCUGUAAUUAUGAAUCCAACCUUAAGGUAGGAAUGAAAAUGAUGAUGGUGGUCAUGGUGAUCAGAUGAUCACGAUAAUCAUGAUGCUAAUGACAUGUUCUUGAAUGUUUAUAUGAAUAGGUGAGUUCAGUGUUAGAAAGCUUGAGGAUGGAGCUGAAAAAGACCAAAUAAAGUAUCAAUUCGAGCAAUCAAAGAACAAAAUCGGCGCAUGGAAAGCUCAUAUUCUCCGCUCCAUUAAUCAAGGCCAAGCAAGGUUAGAUAUCUUAAAAAAUCUUGGUACACUCUCUGCACUUUUGGUUCUCGAUUGGGCCAUGAAGUUUCUGCCCAGAAAGUUCCGCGAGGCACAGAGUGAUUGGUUUGGAAAACGUGGUAUCAGCUGGCUCAUAACAGUGGAUAUGCGAAGAAGCGAGGAGGGAAAUUUGGAAAUGGUUACUUUUGUACAUCUAUUUGAAAAGUGCACCCAGGUCAGCAGCACAGUGUUAGCCAUCAUUGACGAUGUUUUCCAUCAAAUAAAGUCGAUUGCUCCAGAAAUAACAACCCUCUUUCUCAGACAAGAUAACACCGGGUGUUACCACUCCGCUGAAGUACUGCUCUCUGUCAACCAAAUCGCUACCAAGCACAACAUGAAGCUAUCCAUGGAUUUCUCUGACCCACAGGGAGGAAAAGGGUCUUGCGACCGCAAAGCGGCUACAAUUAAAACCAAUGAUGAAGUGCCUUUUCCUGUAAAAUGGGAAGGGAUCAGCUUCCUUAACAACAUGAAAUUCAGCAAAGAAGGGAUCAGAGUAUGGAGACCCUAUGGUAUUGGACCUGGCAAACUUAAGUUAUGGGACGAUUUUAGCGUGCCCAAAGAUUAUCUUCCACCAACACUCAAAGAUCCACAUGAAGUGAGCGCCCAUAUCGCUUCAGUUUCAUUUACUAACAUCAUGACAAGACGACAAUCCAAAGAAACCACCGUGCCUGAACAGUUGGACUCUGCAUGA